GGCUUUCGAAGCACGUACAACUUGUUGAGGUGCACAAUAUCAAUGCAAUUAUAGAAACUAGGCACACGGUGUUCGGUCCAGUUUCUUGUGUGAAUAUUUAUAGCUUGUUUAUCUUGAAAGUAGUGAACAGUGACUGCAAAAAAAUGGUGUCCGGCGGAAUGGCUUGCAUCAAAUACUUGACGUUUCUCUUCAACAUAAUAUUUGCAAUAACGGGAAUCGUAUUCAUUGCAGUUGGCACUGUAAUUCUUGUUGUUUAUGGUGGUUACAACAAUUUUAUGGACAGUUGGUUUUUUGUAGCACCUGUAUUAAUGAUCGUAGUAGGUACUAUUGUGUUCAUCGUAUCGUUCUUUGGCUGUUGCGGAGCUAUUAAAGAGAACCACUGCAUGAUAAUUACGUUCUCCGUAUUACUACUUCUAAUUUUCGCCCUGGAACUUGGUGCUGGUAUUUCCGGAUACAUGAUGCGCGGAGAAGUUCGGCAAAUGGUAGAAAAUCGAUUGAAUACCACCAUGGAAAACUAUUUAAGCGACGACGAUAUUCGUAAAUCCUGGGACAUCAUGCAACAUGAUCUGCAAUGUUGUGGAAUGAGAAGUUCAAAUGAUUGGGCUCACGUUGGUUUUGUAGAAAACAUUGUACCAAAUUCCUGCUGCAGGGAAGUGCCCAUAGACAGUAUAUGUGAUUUAAAUUCAAUUUAUAUAUACGAAAAGGGAUGUAUGCUUAAUCUUCAAGAAGCUAUUGAACAUAAUGCAUUGACCUUGGGUGGUGUGGGCAUUGGAGUUGCUGUUAUUCAGAUAAUUGGGAUAAUCUUCGCAUGCUGUUUGGCACGCUCGCUCCGUCGCGAGUACGAGACUGUCGAAACUGCAGCACACUGAUCUGACAUCAAUUAGGAGGCAUUGUAACACUAAGUAUUGUUCGUCGUGCAUUCAUUAAGAGAAUAAUUCUAAAGUCGUCGCAAGACCAUUUACUUAGAACCUGAUUGCAGACUAAACCAAUGUUCAUCUGCAGUUUAUCUAUGGAAGAAAACAGACUAUUGGAAAAACUAAUUCAAUUACUGCCAGUAUUUGCCAAAUGGUUAAAACCAAACUUUUCUUUCUUAGACUGUGUUUAUGUAUGAAAUUAAAGUUUAUGGCAUAAGAAUGUUUGGAAAAAAAGAUAAAAUGAUCAUUGUAUAUUUGGCUCAUGGCAUGUCGCAAACUAAAAGACUAUCAGUAGUGCCUUGAUUUAUUGGAAUGGAAAUCAUCUCUUAAAUUUUCACACUGUGCAAGAUUUUAAUUCAUUUAGCAUAUUGUUUCUAACAUAAUUACAUUUUCAUUCUUAAAAUGAGUAGACUAAAUAUCUAAAGUUUGACUACCGAUUUCGUUUAGACCAUGUAUGUAUAGUUACGAUUUAUACCAUUUCUUAAUUGAGUAUUGAUAAAAGAGAAAUUGUUUUUGAAUUUAAAACUCGAGCAAAAUCGUGCGAUGAUAAAUAAAAUUCAACAUUAACUAAUUUUAUCUGGAAUCGUUGCAUUAUAUAGAAAGAAUUUUUAAGAAAAUUAUUUUAAUUUUUGCAAAGUAGACAAUUUAAUUAACAAAUAGUAGUUGACACGAAUGAUUUGAAACUUUGCAACAUUAUAGUUUACGCAAAAUAGCUUCCAAAAUCACAAAAUAAUAUCGCUAACUCAUGGCAUUGCGUCGAUUUAACGAAUUUUAUUGUAAUUAUAACAAUUGUAAUUGCAAUCCCUUUUCCCUUAUUUUGAAAUCUCGCAUAUUUUAAUGCAACAAGAGAAUAAUUAAGAAAUAUAACGAGUGGGAUCAGAUUCUCCAGCCCAAGAAAAGGAGUAUGGAAGACCUGGAUAGUAGAGGAUCGACGAUGGCACAGCGAUAAUUAUAAUUAAUUAUAUAUUUAAAUAUUACUAAGUCUGGGCGUGUAUACGUAUAUUUUUACAGCUCUUACAAAACAAAUUAAUAACUCGAAUCGUUUAUGGGCACAAUAAUUAUUGUUUCUGCUAGUUCUAGUAAAUGUAAAUUUACCCAUAAUUACAAUCAUGCGGUCCCAGGGAUCACAUCGCACUAUAUUAUUCCUUUCUCAACAUUCUUCAAAUCAUUUAACUUUAACGAACUGUGAGUACUUUUCGGUACCUCUCUGAAUCCUAAUUAACUUUUUACGUGUAGAAUAAGCACUUUUUUCAUGUGAUUUUUAUACACGGCGAUUCCUGUGAUUGCACGAACUAUGCGUGAAAUUAUUAAGUUCUUUGAUGUUUCCCCGCGUACAGGGUGUUCAUUUGAAAACUUUAAAUCCAAGUAUCUCGAAAACAACACAUUUUUGGCAAAAAUGUUAAAUACAAAAGUUUCUUGAUUUCAAAGGGGAAACAUAUUUGACUUAUUUUUUUUUAUUCAUUGAACACUUUCGAGGUUAUUUGGAAGGAUAAUUUUUUUUCUUUAAACGAAAAUCAAUAUUUUUAUUUACAGAUUUUUAUUCUAUGCAAGAAAGGAACAAACUUUUGUACAGAACAUUUUCUUA